AUGGCCACUCUCUCCCCUCCGUCCAAGUCAGGCUCGCCUUCUUCCUCCUUAUCAAUGUCUGCCACAACCUCUUCAGGGCCCCACCUAGUAGCUCCCGCCCCUCGGCGACCCAUUGCACUCGUCAAUAAGCAGCAUAGGAGCCAUCGCCACCUGCGGCACCAUUCUCAGCACCAGCAUCCCCACACGCAGCGUAUCCACCACCACUGGUCCUCCGCUUCCCUAUCGCUCGAUGGCGGCGGUACAGCGCGUGGCGAGGCUCCCUUGGCCGAGCAGUUGAGCAGGUUGAGCGUCACGGCCACCACGACUACUGAGCAACCUCAUCAGCUGGGACAGCAUCCGGGGAGAGUCCAGUCGGCGGGCGAUGCAUACUAUCAUUAUGGCCUGACCGAGAGGGGAGCACUAGGCGCCGAAGAUCCAGUGACGCAGCAGCAGCACCACCACCACCACCACCACCAGCAGCAGCAGCAUCACCUCUUCGACGCACACCUCGACCCCGACCUCACACCCACUAAGGCGAGGCUACAAUCCAUGCGACAAGCCAUUGGGAAUGACGGUGGCCUACUCUCCCCGCCUGCAACACACUCGGCUGACGGCCUUUCCAUCUCGCCCUUGGCGCACAAGAGCCCCGCAACGAUACAGGCAGCGCUACCUUGGCUUGGUGCGCGAAACAUGGAGAUGCAGAUGGAUGAGGAUGAGGAGCAGCAGAGACAGCAGCAGGUAGAGGAAGACGAACAGAACCAACUUCAAGGAUACCCUCAGCAGCAAGACCAUACGGCGACAGCAGCCCCUUACUUUCCUUUUCCCCACGAUGACCACACGGAUACCACGACGACACUCAUGCAAGACGAUUAUCGACCUUUGAACGCAAAUAUACCCUACAAUUACCCUUCCUUUCACCCUGCAGAACUACAAGCGAACGCAGACGCGGACACGGACGCAGACGCAGAUCCGGACGCGGCCACAACUCCACCCGCCACCCCCUCACCUGCCAAGUCAGCCUCGAUGAACCUAUCGCGGAGCGAGGAUCAUCGCGAUGCCCACUUUGGCGGUAGUGGGCCUCGUCUUCCAUCUUCGCCCAUCUCGAGGCUGCAUACGCGCAAUCCCUUCGGAAGGGCUGCUUCGUACGAAGGGUGA